AUGGCUGGGUCCAACGACGAUCGCCCAGAGCGCCGGCAGCACUCCGUGAAUUCACCCUCAGAUCAGACCCGUGAACGCCGGCGACGAGAUGCGCCUCAAGACGACCACUAUUCGGGCUCAAGACGACGCGACAAAGAUUGCCGGAGCUCUCACCGGGAUAGCUCUCGACGGAGGACAUCCCGUAGUCCCGCUGAAAGAACCAGCGGCCGAAGUGAUCGUGAUCGGCCUCGCCGCGAGCGCAGAGAGCGUUCAACAAGCUCAGCUGCCGAAGACCGCCGCAGACACAGACACCGCAGCCAUCGACACCGUGAUAGCCGCCACGAAGACGAAGGGAGAUCUUCUCGAAGGCACCGCGGUACACGAUCACGUUCCCGCUCGCCACGAAAAUCACGCAGCCCUCCGCCGCAGGCAUUGGAACGACGCGGCCCCCUCCCCUCGCAGUCCGACGCAUUCACCGAUGUUGCACACCCUGGAGAGGCACCUGCGCCAGAAAAGCAAAAGCCAAACUUCAAUGCCACGGGUAGACUCGCGGCGGAAACCAACACAGUUCAGGUUCAGGGUGGUGCGGAAAUAGUUUUGAAAUACCAUGAGCCUCCAGAGGCGCGCAAGCCGCCCUCCAAGGAACCUUGGCGCAUGUAUGUCUUUAAGGGGCCAGACUUGCUGGAAACUGUUGAAUUAGCUGAACGCAGUUGCUGGCUGGUCGGUCGCGAGCGUAUGGUGGUAGACUUCCCACUUGACCAUCCCAGUUGUUCGAAGCAGCAUGCAGUGCUACAAUUCCGAUUUGUCGAAAAGCGCAACGAAUACGGUGAUCGAAUUGGCAAAGUCAAGCCUUAUCUUAUUGAUCUUGAGAGUGCAAAUGGCUCGAGCAUUAACGGGGACACCAUCCCCGGUGGUCGCUACGUGGAAGUUAUGGAUAAGGAUGUAAUUCGCUUUGGCCUAAGCUCGCGCGAAUACGUCCUCAUGCUGCCUCCCAGCUGA